AGAAAAAGUUAAACAUUGGAGCUAUAAAAAAUGAAAACGGGAAAAAGAAAAACCACGUAGGACUUGCAAUCCCUUGCACUUCAUCGACAAUUUGAAAAAUGAAAAUAAAAAAACAUGCCCCGAAUCCCGACCUCUAACGGCCAAAAGAGAAUGGAUCCAUCGUCCACUGUCCUCUUCUAAACGGGAAACGAUUCUCCCUCCCUCCCUCCAUCCAGAUUUGUAGAUACAUCUCAAAGCAUUUGCUCCUGUGACCCCCCAGUUGGGCCAGCCCAGAUUUUGCAUCAAUGGCGGAGAUGCUGAGUAGCUAGGGAUCUUACCACACUCAGAAGGGUGUCUUUCAGCCAAGAGAAGGAUUCUCCCUCCCUCCCUCCAUCCAGAUUUGUAGAUACAUCUCAAAGCAUUUGCUCCUGUGACCCCCCAGUUGGGCCAGCCCAGAUUUUGCAUCAAUGGCGGAGAUGCUGAGUAGCUAGGGAUCUUACCACACUCAGAAGGGUGUCUUUCAGCCAAGAGAAGGACGUCCUCGUUUGGGUUUUGGCUAGAUCGAAGAAGCAGGGAAAAUAGUUGUCGAGGUUGGGGAAAUGAAGGAGCUGUUAGGGAGUCCAGGGACGGUGAGCGGGUUGCUACUCAGAAUAGGGCAAUGUGCGUUCGCUGCUGCUUCUAUUGGGGUUAUGGUCUCUGCCAAUGGCUUCUCUAGCUACACCGCUUUCUGCUAUUUGAUUGCAUCAAUGGGCCUUCAACUCCUAUGGAGCUUUGGACUUGCAUGUCUCGACAUUUACGCGUUGAGGAGAAAGAAAGACCUUCAGAAUCCUGUCCUUGUGAGCCUAUUUGUCGUAGGGGAUUGGGUAACAGCUAUGUUGUCACUUGCUGCAGCGUGUUCAUCAGCCGGCGUUGUAGUUCUGUACGCAAGGGACUUGGAGUUCUGCAAGGCCCAAGAGAAUCUCCCAUGUCGCAGAUUCGAGAUCUCCAUAAUCCUGGCUUUAGGAACCUGGCUUGUUAUUGCUAUUUCAUCUCACGUUAUGUUCUGGACCUUAGCCUCCGUGUAGACACUCAGCAAGCAACAGUUAAGUGUAAAUUCGUCCGGAUUUUGCUUUCUUUGUAACGAACAUUGGUAUGCUUUCUGUUUUGUUUGAGUGGUCACAUCAAUCAACGGGAAGUUUCUCAAGACUCGUCAACUCUCCUUUAUUAUUUGCCUUCAACAAUGAACAACCAGAUAAUACGCUGGCCGGAUCAGUUAGUCACUACAAGUACGGUUGAAGAAUGUAACUACCAAAAUAGAAGGAGGAGAAAUGGAAACUGCGUUUCAAGUUGCAUGACUAUCUCUAGCUUUAGGAUGCUAUGCCAAUGAGCUAGGCAGAAUGACACCACCAUUGCAGUAAACUUCAUCACCAACAUAUAUAACUUCACUCAAGGUUUUCAAAUCGCGUUAAGUCGUUGAGCCGAUCAAACAAGGGGUUUGAGAUUUAUUGGUCUGUUCGGGGUCCGACCGGUUUGAGCCGUUUUAUACAUUUUCUAAAUAUAUAUACAAAUACGAUAGUAAUUAAAAAUUAACGACUAAAAUGAAAUUUAUUUUACAUG